AUAUAAAUGAAAAAAGUUAAUAUGGAUAUCACACUAACCAUCUCCUAUUUCCAGCUAAAGUUAGAUUUGUUUUUGUUUACGAAACCAUGAACAAAGUCAUUCUUGCCGUUGUAGUCGCAGUUUGCGCUAUCACCGUUCUGGAAAUUGUCACCGCUCGGUCACAUGAAAGGGACCACCGUCGUCAGCGUGGCAACUGCUCCACGAAGGGGGACAAUUUCUUGGUCAACGUGAAAUGCGGGGCUUCCUGUUGGAAGGCCAGCAAUGGCACCCAGUUCGGUGGAUGUAAGGAUGGAAACUGCACUUGCUACGAUAGAGGAACCUCAAACAGCAGCACCAAUACGACCACCGGUCGCCGCUCCCUUGACCUCUACCAACUCCCAAUCUUCGAAACUGAGGCUGUAGCCCAAAGGAAGGACAAGAAUCCUCUCUUCGGUUAAAAUGCAUAAAUUUAAACUGGAAAUUUACAAUGAGUGGGAAAUAAAUAUUAUCUGUGCAUCUGA